AUGGACGUCGAGCAACAGCUUGGGAAAGAAAUCUAUGUUGAUACUCGAAAAAUACUUCGAACACUUGGCAUACAAGAAGAAGAUUAUUCAUCAUCAGCUACAAAAAUGAAUGAUGCCCUCAAUAAUUCAAGAAAAAAGAAGAAAAAUGAUUUUAUCUUACAAAAUGAUGUAAUGCAAGAAUUUGCAGGGGAUGUAGAGGAAGAUCAAGAUAGUGAUGAUGAUUCUAAUGAAAUCGAUCGUUAUAUCAAGACAAAGCUUUCUUUUUCAAAAGAUGAAACUUUAUUAGGAUGGUGGAACAAACAUUCUUUAAUAUUUCCACAACUUUCUCAAUUGGCAAAGUCUUUAAUAGUUAUGCAUGAUGGACAUUCGUCAAUUGAGAAAUGUUUUAGAAUGAAACUAAACAAUAGAAUACAGAGUAAAGAGUAA